GCAAAAAGAGAACCUCGUAUCGACUGAGACUGCUUUUUGGGAGACCUUACUGAAAUCAAGAAGUAAUCAAUAGGAAAGUGGAAAAGAACUUAAGUUGCCAGGAAAGCCUUUGGAUAAACAACAGCUAUGAAUUAAUCAGGGAUUUAAGAUGGUGGGCUGACAGGCAUCAUCAGUCCACAUCUGUAAAUUUCCUAAUAAAAUUGGACACAGCAAUGAAUAUUGCAAGAUGACAUCAUAACAUCCAACAACUGUUCAACUCUGCGACUACAUAAUAUCUCAGCUUGCUAUGUGAAUCUGUUCUGUGCUCAGACAUUAAAAAAUCAGUGUUGUGAUUCAUACUUCAUGUAAACUCCAUUGAACAAAACACUAGUUGUUUCAGUAUUGCUAAUUAUAUUUAGAACAACUUGGAAUUCCUAAGUGGAUCAAGAAACUUGCCACAUUUUCUUUUUACAGUAUAUCCUUAUAAGGAUUUUGCCUUUCAGUGAUCGGAGACUGUGGUCAACCACUUUGUAAAGUAAUUAAGAGGAGUAACCUUGAUCAUUGUUGUAACUUUGCAAUAUAUUCAAGACUAUGAGGAGACCGAAUAAACAUCGACAGCUCCAAUUCUUUAGUCUGUUCAGCAGGAAACCUAAAUCAAAAUCAAAGCUGGAGAUGUCCACAGUUGCUGUUGAGGGAAUACAUGCAAAAACUGAAAAUGAAGAUGAAAAGAAAAUGUCCUCCACUAACAGGACAACGCACUCAUCCAGUAAUGAACAGUUGUUGGGUACUCUAGAGUGCCCACUCUGCCUUCUUAGCCAACCUCGAUCCCAGUUCCCAGAGAUCACUUCUUGUCACCAUCGUUCUUGCCUGGCUUGCUUACAGCAAUAUUUGAAGAUUGAAAUUACAGAGAGUCGGGUCAAUGUUGCCUGUCCAGAAUGUUCUGAGUUAUUUCAUCCAUCAGACAUCCGUAUGAUUCUCAACAAUGGCAGUUUGAUGGAAAAGUACGAGGAGUUCAUGCUGAGGAGAUACCUUGCAUCAGACCCAGAUGCCCGAUGGUGCCCUGCACCUGACUGUAGUUAUGGAGUAAUCGCCAGUGGCUGUGCAACUUGCCCAAAGCUGACAUGUGAGCGGUCAGGGUGUGCGACAGAAUUCUGUUACCACUGCAAACAACUUUGGCACCCAGAUCAAACUUGCAGUGAGGCUCGAAAGCAGAGAGAUGUGUUUGUUGCUGGAAUAGAAAAACACUCUACCUCUCUUAUUCACAGUGAAGAAUCAGAUAAUGCUGAAGAGAUCAAGCCAUGUCCACGCUGUGGUGCUUUUAUUCUGAAGAUGAAUGAUGGAAGCUGUAAUAGGAUGACAUGUGCUGUGUGUGGUUGCCAGUUCUGCUGGCUGUGCAUGAAGGAGAUUACAGAUCUGCACUACCUCAGUCCCUCUGGCUGCACUUUUUGGGGUAAGAAACCGUGGAGCCGGAAGAAGAAGAUUCUCUGGCAAGUGGGUAUGUUGGUUGGUGCUCCAAUUGGAAUUACCUUGAUUGCGGGCAUUGCUGUUCCAGUUAUGAUGGUUGGGCUUCCCAUCUACGUAGGCCGAAAGAUAUACAGCCGUUGUGAAAGUAACAAAAUAUCAAAACAUAGACGGAGGCUUGCUGUGGCUGGAGGAGUGGUUCUAUCAAUUAUUGUCUCUCCUGUGUUAGCUGCAAUAACAGUCGGUAUUGGGGUGCCUGUGAUGCUUGCCUAUGUGUACGGGGUUGUCCCAGUGUCGCUAUGUCGCAGCGAUUGGUGUGGAGUUACAACUGGAAACGGAAAAGGAGUGAAGAUUGAAAUAGAUGAAGAUGCUGCCUCUGUUAAUGAGCCACGGCCUAGACUACAUAACCACAGUAUCAGCGGGAGCAGUGUGCAAGAGGUGACCAGUGGCCUGAGUGCAAGUGGAAGCAACCUAGACAGAGUGGGUGUCAAAUUAGAAAAUGAUCAAUCAGCAAGCACUGUUGCAUUAGCAGGAAGUAUGCUGAGUGCAGAACAGGAUUCUUCAAACAGGGAAGGAAAGAACAUAGAGGUCCACGUGGAUAUUGAAACAGAACCUGGUGGUGCAAAAGACCGCAGUAGCAGUAGCUACUUGUCAGUUCACAGUUUGUCUAUGGAGUCACCAAACUGCUCAAGAGAACUAUUGUGUGGCACUAGUCCAAAUACCGAACGGAUUUCCAUUCAGACUUUUUACAGACUUUCCAACCCACAGGAUUCCCAGAAAUUUUGAAGCUUUUGUCCUGCCUGUUGCACUUUGAUGUUUACACCACUUUCAGCUGCAUUAGAGGUGUCAUAGAGUGUGAUUUCUACUGUUUACCACCAUCUCCGCUCUAUUAAAAUGUUGAUUAUUCGUCUAACCCAAGUACGAUUAAGAAUUUAAAGUAUAAAAAGGUUCCUUAAAGAGAAACAGGAGUACCUAGGAGCCAUCAAAAACGAAAACCCUAUUAUCAUAGGAUUUCAGUUUCAACCUGCCUCCCCUAACAGAAUAUUAGUGGUGUCAUUGCAACUGGUCGCUUUGAUUUGGACAUUAACGAGGUGGCUGAUGGAAAGGGUGACUUUCUCACUCCUUUCCUUCAUUUGGCAGUUUUAUUCAACAAUAUGAUGACAACUUCAACAUGUUAACGAUUGAUUGUGUCACCUUCUGAUUGUGGCUCUGUGAAAAUCCACCAGAAGACACUUUAACUCCUGAGCUCAAUUUCAAACCAUGACAACAGCAUGCUGGCUUUUCCAUUCUGACACUGUGUUGUGAAAUUUGUCUUCUGUGUGCAAUGAGAAAGAGACUAAACACAAACAUGCAUUUUCACUACUAUCUGACUCUGGAAUUGUAUGACCAGUGAAAGUUUUUUUUGCCUAUUUUAAAGGCCAACUUGCUGGAAAGUAUUGCUACUACAUAACCAGGAGUACCUGUGAAAUACAGAACCGGAGUUGGCACAGCCUUUCCAUAACGUGUCAGAUUCCAGUUCUCUGUAGAUCCAGAGACCUCAAAGUGCCAGGAAUAUUCGUUUUGGUAUCUGGAAUUCUGGUAGACAAAAUGAAUAGAAUCAACUUUAAAAAGACCUAAGUUGUUAGAAAAAUGUAUGCCGAUUAAAUUGAAAGCUUGAAAAUGCUCAGCACAAAACAUUAAUCUGUAAGAGUUUGGUACAGCAUGUUUAAAAUCUCAAAUGUGCGUAAUAACAGCAAAUAAUUUACUGGGUGGUGGUGUUGAAUUAAAUGUGGUCAGCUUUAACUUGAUAUCAGCUCAAAAAUGUUAUUCAUGUGGUCAAUGCUGAUUAUGGUCCCCUGAUGAUCAUUGUAUGACAAUUGGCACAUUACAGUCUCUGUACUCUAAACUGUAAAACUUAUUGCUGCAGAACAUUUUGAGCAUGUCUCAUUACAAUUCAGGACCCUUUAUUCUGUUACCAUGUUGGAUUGUGCACUACAGAUUGACUAGUUCCAUCUUCAAGAAGCUAUUUCCAUAUCUUGAAGGGGCAUCCCUUCAUAAAAAGGGCACCAUGUGUUCACAUUGCUAGUACCAUACAAAGAAGGCAAUUCUUUACAAUUUCCAUAGCAUUGCUUAUUCCAAAAACAAUCUUUUUAAAAACAUGAAUAAUGAAUUACUGUGCUCCACAUACAAUGAUGUAAAAUGUACAUUGUUUCAUGCACUAACAUCUGAAACACUGCUAGUUUAGUCUGUGAAGAUUAUGUUUGGGCCACUGUGUGUUACUUCCAAGUUGCAAAGGUGGAUGGUAAAUCCUGGAAAAAAAAAAGUGUACUUUUUUAUUUGAGGUUGUCUUGCAUUAGAUGUAAUUUAAUACUCAUUUUUGAUCACCAUUUAUAAGUCACUAAGUGAAUAUUUUGCAAUAUUUUAAGUGUUUUGCAAGUUGUUUGUCAAGGGAUGCUCCACAUAAAAUGUAUGAUUUGCUUAAAUUUGGUUCAUGCCUAUUAAACAGAAGCCAAAUUUUAAUAACAUCUAUAGUCACCAAUCAUUAUAACUUCUGCUUUGCUGUGGUAGUAACAUAACCAAUAAGACCAUAAGAUAUAAGAGCAGAAGUAGGCCAUACAACCUAUCGAGUCUGUUUUUCCGUUCAAUGAGAUCAAGUCCUCAACUUCACUUUCCUGCCUUAUCCCAAUGGCCUUUGCAUAUGUGCAUGUGUUAAUAUGGCAGCUGAGACAUUAAAAUCAUUUACCAUUAAACCUGAUAUAAUAAUUGUAAACUGCUCCUUAACAUAUGUUAUGAUAAUAAUAUAAGAACUCUAUGUACCUAUAAUUCUCUAGUUUGCACACUGCUGAGUGGUGGAUGCAAUCAUAAUGGGGUCGUGCAGUUAUAAUACGACACAGAUUGUGUUAUAUCUAAAGUACAAAAUGGAAAUGCCUUUAAUAUAAACAAGCUUGAGUGAGAAAAGUUUUCAAUGCAUACUUUUCACAACUCAAAUAAUAUCCUGACUUUGUUCUGCUGAGGGCUACAAAGUUAGUAUUUUAAUGCCCUAUAGUCUUUAAUUGAUGAAUCUGCAAUGAAUUCAGAAGAAAACUUGUUCAGUAUUCUACAUGAUGCCUCCAUCUAGAAACAAGUAUAACUGUGUUAAUAAUCAAUGGAUUCUCAUCUCUUAAGGAGUUGUUCUAAAAUCCAUCUCUGAAGGAUCGUCCGUUUUUGUUGAACUGUACAAGAUUAGAAGUGUGCUCAGUUUCUGUCUAGAUUCAACAAACCUUCAACUUGUUCGAACAUAUUGUUCCAAAAUUUUAAGUAGAAAUCUCUGGGGCACGAGAAAAAUUUGGAUUAAAAUCUAAACAAAUCUAUUUCUGAUCUGAGGAUAUUUGAUUUUACUACCUAUAGUUUAAAGAAAGAUAUAUCUACUGAGUCAUUCCUUCUGCUGAAAUCGUGCACACAAAACAAAUAUCACUUAUUUACAGUAAAUUGGUUCUUCACCCUCAAGUUUGUUAAAUUUUUCUUUCCUUGUCUAGAACAUUAAUGAAAUCUAUCUAAUAAGAUAAUGUCUGUCUGUGGAUAUUACCUUGUUGAUUCUAAUUUUUAAAUACUUUAUCUGACUUUUAAUGAUUUUAAAUGUCUCAUCAACAGCAAGUUUUUUUUUCAAACCGGGAAACAUAAUUUCCAUUCACCUCAACUGGCCGUCUUUUCAAACUUGAUACAUGCAUUUUUAUUUUUAUAAUUCUGUUUCAGAUUUUAACUUGAGGGCUGCUUUCUCACACACACUGUGUAUUCCCUUUGAGGACAGACAUGAUAGAAUUUGUUGAACGCCCAUUGUUAAAGAUCUCUUGUUAUUUUUUAUCAUUAAUAAACACCUUGAUUUCAACAUUGUUACCUGUCAUUCUUUUGAAACCUGAAAAUUAAACAGCUGUGUGAACUCCUGUAACUUGAAAAAAAAUUACAAUUUUUGAGAUUUUUGGAAGUUUUAACUUUUUUUUAAUCUUUUUUUUGCAUGGAAUUAGGUGAGACAGCUUGGUCCACCAUUCAAUCAGAUCCUAGUUGAUCUGUACAUCAAAUCUAUUAAUCACAUACAUAUCCUCAAAUACUCCAGACUAACACAAGUCCAUCAAUCUGAGUCUUAAAUUUCAAUUAAUUCUGUAUCCAGUGACUUUCAUGGAACAAGUUCUAGAUUUCCACCAUCCUUUAUAGUGAAAGGUGCUUUCACAUUCCAUUUCUGAAUGAUUAUCUCUGUUGUAAGAUUCUGCCUCCUUGACCUGAAUACCAUCCUACUCAAUCCAAUUCACUUGUCAUCGUAAUUAUCUAAACUUGAUUAGCGUUUGCCCUUCUAAAAUCAAGGGAAUUCUGCUUUGGUGUAGAGAAUUUUCUCACCUUCCGCCAAACAUGAAAGCUAUUUUAACUGAAGUAAAGACGGGAUUAUUUUAUAAUAAAACUGAAUGCAGAAAGAAGCAGGAUAAGGUGGGAUGAAGCACACAGGAGGGAAAUCUAGUCAUCUUUCUGGAUGAAUGAAUUAAAGUAGGCUGAGCAAUCUACCCUGUCUUUAAGUAUCAUCUGAAAUAAUUCAGAACAAAAGUAUGAACACAUUUAAAAUCUUAACUUUAGUAUGAAUCACAUUUUGCUUAUUGCUCAUAAACACAAGCUAACCUAUAUAUUUUGAAUGUACAUUGAAGCUCUCCCUCAAGUUUUCAUCUGGAAGUUUGUUUUAUCUAGAUAUUUUCAACAAGAUUAUUUAGAGCAGUCCUAACCUGCAUAAGCAAAAUACACAAACAGACUUUUUCAGACUGUGUCCAUAUACAAGAUUUCUUCAGAGAUAGUAGGAACUGCAGAUGCUGGAUUUCUUCCCUUCCUUUUGACUUUUGUUCCUUCUUAGAAGUUAGGCAGUUGAGGAAAAAAAAGGGUACUUUUACAAGACCAUAGUGGCUUACACCCUCCGUGGCUUUUUCUUCGCAUUUUUAAGCUACAUUUUGCAAUUAUUUUGUAUUUUUGAUUACAUGUUUUCAUUUAUAUGAAUGUAUUUACCUAAUCAAGCCCUUCAAGUACUGUGCUGAGUGUGCUAAUAUCACAAGUACUUCCAAAUGCACUAAUACUGGUGAUGUGCCAAUACAAUUAUACAGAUUCUUAUUAUGUCAUAGUAUCUCUUACUUGAAUCUAUCUUGUUGCUUGCAUAAAUAAUCUUUUAGAUUGCAGUGAUGUCUGCAUGUUUGUGUCUUUUCUGCACAUUACCAUGUAAUUCUUAUUGAAUAAUUUGCCAACUCAUUUAAUCAAGUUCUUAAAAUAUUUUUUAUUUAAAGCUUUUGUAUUCUUACUAAAGUAUUUUUAUAUUCAUUCAUGGGAUGCAGGUGUUGCUGGCAAAGCUGGCAUUUAUUUUGCAUCCCGAGUUGUUCUUGGGGAAAAUACUUGUGAGCCACCGCCUUGACAGCUGCGGGCCAUGAGCUACAGCAAGUAAGUUUAGGAAUUUUGACCAAGUAAUGGAAAAGGAUCAUGAUAUAGCUGCGAAUUCGAUUAGUGUGUCUUGAAGGGGAAGGUGCUGGUGAUUGGGUUCCCAUUCAUCUGCUGCCCUUGUUCUUCCAGAUGAUGGACGCAGCAAGUUUGGAAGGUGCUGUUGAAAGAGUCUUUACAAGUACAUUUUGUCAAUGACACGUACUGCAGCCAAGCUGUUCCAAUGGAGGGAAUGAAUAUUUAAGUUGGUGGAUGGUGAAUCAUAUUAAAUUUCUUGAACGUAGUUGGGAGAUGAAACAGUCCAGGUAAAUGGGGAGUAUUGCAUCAUAUUCCUGAUCUGCUUCUUGUAGAUAGUAAAAAGGCUUUAGGAAAUCAAGACGUGAGUUACUACAGAAUUCCCCACUUUUGACUUAAUUUUGUAGCCAUAGUAUUUUUGUGGCUGGUCCAGUUGGGUUUUGGUUCAAAGAUUUGUAAGUUUCCUUUUUUGUCUUUCCGAAUUUGAGUCAGAUACUUAAGAGAUUUUUAAGCAACUCUUGGAUAAGCAACUCUUGGAUAGGCACAUGGAAGAUAGUAAAAUGUAGGGUAUGCAGGGUAGAUUGAUCUCAGUAGGAUAAUAGGUCAGCACAACAUCGUGGGCCGAAGGGCCUGCACUGUGCUGUGCUGUUCUGUGUUCUAUAAUUGGGGUUUUUCUGCAAAUGUCGAUCUGUGUAAAAAUGACCCCUUAAAAAUUAACAUUUAAUUGCACUUUAUAUUUUUUCAAUUUUAUUCAUUAAAGGAAAGAAGUCCAAAUACAAUAAUAGUAAAUGCUUGUAUUUUUAUUGAUGUACAAUUGGAAAAGACAAAUUAAAAAUGUUAUUAAAUAA